AUGAAAGCAGAUGUCCAGACACUGUGCACUGCAUCCUGGAGAAGCACCAUGAUCAACAUCAACAGGACCCAGGAGGUUGCAGUCUUGCUGAGGCUGCAAGUGAGGAAGGAGGAACUGAACAGAGCCCACGAGCAUCGAUUCAGCCACUGCCCCACGGGUGGAGGACAGGGCUCAGGCCAGCGGUCCACCCUGGCUGUGUGUCUCCUUUCUGUGAGGGCUGCCUGGAGCACUGGCCUGGAAUGCUGGAAGAUGCUUGUGGUGGAAUCUGGGAUAGGAGUGGUGAAGACGGAGGGACACAGCAGCAGGAGGGAUGUGCUGGAUGAAGGGAAAGAGGAUGAUGCCUUGAGUGAAGCCCUUGGUGAGACUGUAGCUGAUGCUGAUGCAGGAGAUGAAGAGGAGCUAUCUGAUGCUGAUGCAGAAGAUGAAGGGGAGCUAGCUGAUGCUGAUGCAGAAGAUGAAGAGGAGCUAGCAGAUACUGAUGCAGAAGAUGAAGAGAAGAUACAAAGUGACCUGUGGCACAAGCAAAGGUUCUUGGAUGUUUAUCCUCAGGUGAAACUGGAACUCGAGGAGCGCAUCAGGAAGCUCCAUGCCCUGGCAGACAAGGUUGACAAGGUGCACAGGGACUGCACCAUCUCGCAGGUGGUGGCCAGCUCCAGCAGUGCUGUGUCUGGAGUGCUGACAAUCCUUGGUCUGACUCUGGCACCUGUGACAGCAGGAGUCAGUCUGGCACUGUCAGCCACUGGCUUGGGGCUGGGGACAGCUGCAGCUGUGACUAGUGUUUCCACAAGCAUUGUGGAAAAGGUAAGUGUGGUGUCUGCUGAGGCUGAAGCCAGCAAGCUGGUGCCAACCAACAAAGACACAGUGAAGGACAUGAAAGAUGUUUUGGGUCUGAGUGGCCCCAGACUUGUUUCCUUAUCCAAGAAUUCCUUCAAGAACCUGGAAAACAUCAAGAAAAACAUUCAUGCCAUCAAACUGGCCAAAGCCAACCCUCGCCUAGCAAAUAAUGCCAAGUGUCUCAUGACCACAGGAAAGACAUCAACCGAAACCACUAAACAGGUGCAGAAAGCCUUUGGAGGUACAGCUCUGGCCAUGACCAAAGGAGCCCGGAUCACGGGUGCAGCUACUGCAGGUCUGUUCCUCCUACUGGAUGUGAUCAGCCUUGUGCAAGACUCAAAGCAUUUGCAUGAUGGAGCAAAGGCUGAGUCUGCUGCAGAGCUACGGCAACAAGCUCUGGACCUGCAGCAGAAGUUGCAGGAGCUCAAACAGGUUCAUGACACCCUGAUUCAGUGACCUCUUCUUCUCAGUGAAGCUCAGAGGACUGGGGAGGGAGUGUACUGGGCAGAGCCAUGAACACAUGCGAGCCCCUGACUGUAUCCCUUUUAGGCUCCCUUCUGCCUUGCAGUGUAGCCAAGUGGAAAAUCGCAGUGACUGCUCACACCUCCCUUCUGCCUGCUGCCGUUCUUUUCUCUAUGAUUCCUUCAGAGCUAUGCAAGGGAAAAAUUGUGAUGCUUUUUUAAGAACUCAGAAACCUUUGCAGGUGCAUUCAUAGAGUUGAUCUUCUCCUUCUCUAUCACUGGGCAGAAUGCGGUUGAUGGCCAUGUUCCAUCACCCUCCAGAAGACAGCAAAGGAAAGAAUAAAUACAAAACCAAGGGAAGUGGCUGUUCCCAUCACCCACCCAGAGGGUACUGUGUGCAAGCUGACAGUGAUGCUAUUCCCAAGGAAGACCUCAAGUGGGAUAACAGUUGUGAGAUCAUCAGGAAACAGAUGCAAGCAUCAGUCACCUGGUUGACUCAGGGCAGGAUGCUGUGAGAAGACAGGGCAUGUGUGCAGAUUCUUGGUCUCCUGCUCACAGAGUCAUGAUCCCUGCAUGGGAGCCUGUAGAGACCGGUACUAAAGGAACAUCAAAUGGUAUUAGAACUCAUGGACUGGUGUGCCUUGUAGAGGCAGAGCCCUCAGAACUACACAUCCUGAGGACUUCAUGCUGUCGCGAAGCUCUGCUUGCUGUUCUCACAGUCUUCACGUCCUUCCUAAUCUGUGUCUUGUAUGAAGAUUCUAAGGGGGCUUCCAACCGCUCACUGAGCAGUAUCAUGGGCACUCACAAUAAUAGUGCUUGAUCUUUUUCUAGCAUUGCUGCUGGAGCAGAUUAAUGAUUCAGUCACCACCCUCAGGAAGAACUUAGAGGGGUAGAUUGUUAGCAAUGACCACCACACUUAGAAAGAGUUUGGAGAUGGAGAAGUUAUGUUAAGAUGUUUUCGCUGGGGAGUGAUGGCUCAGUAGUUAAGAGCAUUGACUGCUCUUCCAGAGGUCUGGAGUUCAGUUUCCCACAACCCUAUCUGUAAUAGGAUCCAGUGCCAU